CUUUCAAAAUACAAAAACAUAUCACUGUUGUUAUAUAUCUUCGUGCAAUGCUUAAAAUAUUAGACUUGCCAAUCCUUUAUUAGGACGGAUUACACCAAACCGGAAGUGACUACUCAGUGUUACAUGUGAAGUAGUCCAAAAUGUAGUUCCAUGCUAUGGAUGAAAUCUGGUAUAAUGAGUGACAUGAGGCGAUUAGAAUAAAAAAUAACUGAUAACAAGGACACCUACAGAAUCAAAAUGAUGACAGAAGGAACAUUGAGUUUUCUACUAUUUCUAGUGAUGUGUAUGGUCACAGAAAGUAUCUCGACAGAAGGAAAGAAAGAAUGCAGAGAACGAAUCAUUCAUAAUCAGAACGUUCUUAACUGCAGUCAUCGAAGCCUGUCGUAUAUUCCAAAGACUGAAAAACACGUUAUGGAUUUGAUGUUUAGUUUCAAUGAUUUAAGAAACAUCUCAUCUGAAACAUUUGGAAAUAUAAGUGAUCCGGACAGCCUGAUUAGUCUCGAACUGGAUCAUAUAAAUAUUCAGAACGUUUCCUGAAGCGCCCUUGAUAAGUUUCAAAAUUUGAAAUACUUGCAUCUGUCACACAAUCCAAUAUACUACGUAAAUAUGAAAAAUAUGUUAGGUGAUUUGUCUAACUUGAAACUUCUUUCCCGUCUUGUUAUGGAUGGAAUGAGUCAGCACCAUAACGAUUCAAAAAGAUUUGUUUUCCCUGAUGAAAACCAAUCAGAUAAAAACACUAGAUGUUGCAUAUUACAACAUGACAACACUUUCAAUGGAUUCCUUCGAGAGUUUAAACAGUUUGGCCGCUUUGUAUCUUAACGACAAUCAUAUUGAAAAUAUAAAACUUUCUCAAAAUAAGCAUUUGAAAAAUAUAUAUCUUAAUUACAAUAAACUUAAGUCUUUCCCAGACUUUUCAAUCGAUGGAAGUGAAAACGAUUGCUACUUUCCCAACCUUGAGAUUCUCGCUGUUGUAAGUAAUGGUAUAACCGAAAUUGGUUUCGAAAAUUUAAAAUGUUUAUUGAAAUUGAAAACGCUUGAACUUGAUCAAAACCCCAUAAAAGUAUUACCAAACAACUUCUUGUCAAAAUUACCAAGCCUUAUAAUACUGGAGCUUCGAUUUUUAAGCGCAAACAGUCUUACAGUCAAGCGAUUUGCUCUCAAAUCAGCAUCUCUUAAAAAGUUACAAAUUGAAUAUAUUAGACCUGCGACAGAAGUGUUUGAAUCUUUCACAGACACGUUUAGUUUUUUGCCAGAUUUGGAAAGUUUAAGUUUGGGAUUUAUGAGCAUGCUACUAUUAACUAAGCAGCAGUUCUCAACAUUAUUUUCCCCGCUUGCUAACAUCAGUUCGUUUAAGUGUUUUGCAUGUCAGAUUUCACAGGAUCCAAAAGUUAUCUUGAUACAUAUGCAAAAUGUUGUCGAAAUCAAUCUCCAGUCGAAUCGAAUAACAACGUUAAGUGAUGAAACAUUUAAGAACAACAAGCAUUUGAAGUAUCUCAGUUUAAGGUAUAAUGACAUCGCACAUAUACAAGAGUCGGCCCUUCCAUUGUCAGUUCUGAAUAAUUUGCAGUCACUAGAUCUGAGUCAAAAUCCUUUCGUAUGUGACUGUAAUCUGGAAUGGCUAAUCAACUGGAUGAAAACAAAGUAUAGUGAGAAAAAGAGAGUUAUCACAAGAUAUCCAAAACAAUACAUAUGUUCACUUCCAAAAGAAAAGUCUAAAAUGCAGCUGUCUGAAAUAUCUUUCACGUACAAAGAAUGUCAUCCAUGGGGUCCUUGGAUCUGGGUUGCUAUUAUUGCCUCGCCUUGUGUUAUUGUUAUAGGUAUAACCGUACUUAUACUUUAUAGAAAUAGAUGGAAUAUCAAACAUUACAUCUAUUUGUUAAGAAAGAGAAGGAAUUAUCAAAAUAUCAAUGGACAUAACUUUGUGUACGAUGCUUUCGUUGGAUACGAAGCCGAAGAUUCCGCUUGGGUACGUCGCAGACUGCUACCUGUUCUUGAAGAUGAAGUUGGGUUGAAAUUGUGUAUUCAUGAAAGGGACUUUCAACCGGGCGCUUUCAUAAAUGACAACAUUGUUACAAAUAUAGACAUGAGCGAAAAGAUCAUUCUUGUUCUAACUAAUGGAUUUGCUCGUAGUGAAUGGUGUAUGUUUGAACUGAAAGUUUCACAUUCUAAACUAAUCAAAGAUGAAACGGAACUAGCAGUCAUUCUUUUAGAGAAAAUUGAUGGAAGAAAUAUGAAUCAUUCCUUAAAAGUUUUGUUUGACACGACGACGUAUAUAGAAUGGACAGAGGAUGUUGCUGGUCAGCAACUGUUCUGGGCAAAACUCAAAAACGUUUUGAAAAAGUAAACACAGGCGAACGAUAACUUACCUUAUAUAUAUGCUUUUAGAAAUAUUCAGCUUUAUAGAUUUCUUCGAAAAUAUCAAAUGGUAUUCAGCUUCCUUAACAAAUCACGUGAACGUGUUUACUACAAUUACCGGAAGACCUGACGUUAUGGAGAUAUGUCUAUAAAUAGUUAUCCUCGUAAAUAGCUGGUUAGCUAUUGAAUUUAAACUGAAGAAAUAAAUUUGCAUCACAUUUGUUUAAAAUGACUUCCUGGAAGGAUUGCAUAGACUUUUCAUACGUUGCAUACUUGUCCAUUAAUGAUCACAUAUUGUUGUUCAAUCUAUAAAAGUAAUGAGAUUGCAUAAAUAUGAAGAACUGAGUGAAACCGAAAAGGUGCAAACUACAAAGGUCACCAAAGAAGAGAACACUGAUGAAACAAUUGACAUAUGAAAGUACUUGAAAUAAUUUAUGAGUUAUUUGAAUAAUCUUCCUUAUAUUGUUUAUUAGCAUAAUAUAAAAAAUUGUGGUUACAUGUAUGUAUCAUCCAAGUAUCAAAGGGGUUAAAAUUUCAGUGAGUGUCAAAAGAAAUCGGGUUACUUUUGAUGUUCUUAUUCAUCUUUUUAGAUAAGAAGCAUUUGUUAUUAGUCUUUUUAUCACAGGAAUCGUUCUUUUAACCACUUUUUAAAACAGCCAAAAUAAAGAGGAUUUUGCAGAAGUCUGGCUGCUUUCUCAAGUAAAAGAUGAAUUUUGAAAAAACAAACCAAUCUCAAAUAUUUUACUUUGCUAUGUUUUUGCUGUAGCUGUUGUUUGCUUGUUUGUUUGUUUGUUUGUUUGUUUGUUUCGGGCUGGAGGUAGAGGUGUUUAGUGAAGAUCUUAGAUAUAUAUAUAUAUAACGGCGGGCAAUGUUUGGAUUCUGUACCUGUACUACCUGUUUCCAGCUAGUAACUGCCAGCCAUUCCAAUGAAUAAGAGGUGGAGUAAGAAUAAUUUUAGACAAAAUGUCUUCUAUUAAAUCGUCACGAAGAACAUACGCCUCGCGAUCGAACUCUCAGUGGUCCGUAGAUCUGCGCUCUCCCUAUUGACUUAACGAGAGUGAAAUGACUGUAAUUUUUAGAUGCAUUCAAUACGACUGGAGUCACUUUCCUUUUUAUUACGUGUGUUGUAUUCUCUUCGGAAUGCAGAGUAGAUGCUUUGAUAUGCAUUCACAAAUAUGAUCGCAUAUAACAUAUACCUAACGACUAUAUGAUUUGUUAAAAAAACCUGGCUUCUUUUGUUCUUUGUCAGUUUACCAUUAUGGUACUUGAUUAUAAAUAUCUGUAUGUGACCUCCUAACUAAAUAGCUGAAGUUUUUAACCUUUUAACUUUACCCGGAAAAUGUGAGCCAGUAUUUCUGAAUAACAAAAAUGCAAUAUCUAAGAACAUUUUUCUUGGAAACAAUGCCCUCUAGAUCAUGCUUGUUGUCAUAGAGCGUUCGGGAGAAAUAUUUAGGUCCAUCAAGCCCAUCAAGACCCUCUAGUUUAAAUGUUAUAUUUGUUAUUCUAAUAUGACUAGCAAUGCUUAUA